GUUGUCGUUGCUACAUACCUCCGGCUUCUCCGGAGCGAUCGCCGGUGGCCAGUGCACAGUUUAAGGUAGGGUGUGUGCUGUCAACUACAGUCAACAAGCCCUCCUUCCCACCACCACCAUGAUCACUCGUAUAUCCCGGCUCUAGAGAUGGACCUGGUCCAAUAACCCCUCGAGGUUUGUUGGCGGGCGUUAUCGCUCAGCGUCCAUCACCUCUCUUACACGCAAUCACAAUGGUUCUAAUCAGCAGCAAGAAGUAUGCAUGUGAAACUUGCAUAAAGGGUCACCGCUCGUCCGCCUGUAAACACACCGAUCGCCCGCUUUUUGAGAUCAAAAAGAAGGGUCGACCGGUAACACAGUGCGAGCACUGUAGAGAAUUACGCAAAACAAAGCAAGUCCACGUUAAAUGUAUCUGUGAAUCCAAAGAACCGCCCUCCCCUACUUCUUCAUGCUCCGCCCCCAAGAAAAAAGGCACCCCUGUCCUUCCUGCACACCCUGCCUUCCCUAACGGUGUGCCCGAUUUCGUCGUCGCAGCGUCGACAGGGUCUGCAUCUGAUUCCGAACAAGGGGGAUCGGCUCCUUCAGUGCCGGGUUGCAACUGUAAGGCAGGCACUGGUGAAGGCUGUCAGUGCUGCACGCCUCGCAAACGCCCCGGCCGGCGCCGGUCCUCCCCGGCGGCCCCAAGUCAUCUCACUCUCAGCGUUGCGCAAUCCCCCAACCCCACACUCCCAUCUCUGCACACUAGAGACAUCAUUAAGGCAUCCCCGCCCGCUACUCCCAGUCCCAUCCCGCCUCCCGCGCCGAACCCAGGUCACAGUCGGUCGGCAUCACAUCACAUCCUCGCGCGGAUCGCCGAGUUGCGACCAGUCUUGCCAAGGAUGUCUGCCCGUGAUGCGGCACUCCAAGCACAGGGAGGUGGCCAGCACGACCUCUUUCACGGUCAUGGGCAUAGUCAUGGGCACGGCGAGCACUUUUCUCCAUAUGGAAGGGCCUACGAGCAUGCCUUCAACUCUGCAGAGAGCAGCGCGGCCGGCAGCAGCUUCUAUCGGCUCCAAGAUGCUGCUCAGAGCAAUGAAUCCUUGAUGAGCUCAGGAUCACACUUGAGCGUGAGCUCGCAUCCUCGGACCCGCAGCCCGCUCGAGACCGGCGGUAGAAGUCCCACUUUCAAGAAUCCGAAAGCACCUCGCCGCGCGUCAUUCGAUGUGCAUGGCAGCUAUAAGCAUUUUGGCGCUGCGCACGAAAGGGAACAGAAUGCUUCUGCUGACAAUGUGUGGCAAAUUCCCCCCAGCCUGUCAAGGACUAAUGCUCCAUAUCCCCGUUCCGAAGGUGCCGUGCCAUCGUACGAGGACUAUGCGCUUUCGGAUGCAUCGGGUGGCUUUCCGUCCUCGGCGGAGUUAAUCCAGACUUGUACAUGCGGGGACGGUUGUGCCUGCCCCGGCUGUGAAGUCCACCCUCAAUCAGCGACCUCGGAUGCGACAGAACACCGAUGUGCCGAUGCGUCGUGUGCUGGCUCCUGUCUCAACUGCACGCUGAUGGCCAUGCCGGACUUUUCUUCCCACUUUGGGCUGGGCGGUGAUUCGCCCAUGCCGCUGUCCUUCGAAAACAACGGGACGACGUUUCUAGACGAGGAAGCCAUGCGGCUAGGAUUAGACGGGAUCGAUAAUGCUACCGAUCUGGGCUUGCUCGCUACGCUCAACGAUCCGUUGUCCAGCUCCCUUUCGUCCUACGGUCAGAUAGAUGAGUGGAUUCGGGAAGUGGAAGCAUUGCCAAUCGGGCCAUUAGCUUACCCUGGCGUCGCUGGCGUCCCUCCUUUCGAGGGCCUGGACUUCGGAGCAGAGGUAGCUGUGCAGAUGUUCGAUGCAGAGAGGGGACAGGACCAAGUGAUGCAUGGAUUGUCUGGGUCUGCGGUCACCGACUCUCACGCACCCAGCUCUUUUCUGGCCGUCCCAGGGCCGGACUCGCACCACCGUAGCCGGAGCUCGAGUUCGUCAUCAUCCGAGAUGUCUUCUGGGGUCUUCGCCGUCGAGGGACUCAAUCUCGAUCGCCGGGAAAUUCCUUCGCCGAUCCCUUCGCCCAUCGACAUGGCCUCGUCGCCCAACUUUAAACUGGACGAGGCCAUGUUCUCGUUGCCCACACCGUCGAUGUUCCUGGCUUACGCGGACGACUCCAUGUUCUUCUGAUUCACGGCAUACAAAAUAAUUUUACGAGGACGCAUGACAUGUCUAAUACUCAUGAGCCUAUCUUAUCCUCAUUGUACCAUCACCAUACCAUCCAUCUACUUGCACUUACUUUCAGUUCUCAGCUGUGUUAUUCCCUCAUUCUUAGCUAAGUAGUAGUACGAGUUGACAAGGUUCUUUUUUAGCAGGGGUCGGCGCUGAAACAUGGCCAGAGAGCGGCGGGAGUCUUGCAAAGCAUCUUGUUCGCUUCUGCUCGCUCUUGAUCUCGUAAUAAGUAUGUUGCAGCGUCGGAGUGCGGAGACCGUAUCGCCCCCGUGCUUCGCUUGGCACAGUGAUGUAGAUCAACCACUUCAGGCCUCACUUUACCGAGCUCUCAAACUAGUAGACUACUGGAGCAUAGCUCAAAGCCCUCCAAGUCCCGGAAACCUGCGCAGCUACUUACCACAUACGUGACUAGACCGAAGUGGUGCACACGUGACCGCGUUUGGCGGAGUUAUACCCGAUCGAUCGUUUUGGAAACACCACGCGCGCCGAUUGUAACAAGGAGAUCGAUUUCAUGCUGGUAGUGCAGUAAGAGCUCCUCAGUGCCCAGAGACGGCCAGGAGGACGUUCAUUGUAGUCAGGGCAUUGACAGUUCAAGGAUCACAAUAUCAGUCUGCAAGCGAUGCGAUAAUUGCGCAGCCACUUUGUCCUUUUUUUGAGGACCCUGUACUUAUCGCCGCCCCUCACCCCACGGUGAUCGCGCUCCCGGAGUAUAAUGAACCCAGUAACAACUCCCCGCCGCUCGGACACGUUCACUCACCGUGGCUUUGCUGUAGCUCCCGAUCCCCUUGCGGGUCGUCGUCGUCCAGGAGCGUCCGCUCUCAAUGCACUCCUUGCUACCGCGCUCUUCAGGUGCUGGCACAUCUUGUUGGCGUUUGGAGCAUGGGCCACGCUCAUUACUGUAUUGGACCACCACAAAUUCAAAGUCCGGGUCUCGGUGACUUUGCUCACUGUGGUCGGUACCGUUCUUGGUUUCAUUAUUUCGUACCGGACAACAACGGCUUUCGAGCGCUACAACGAGGGACGACGGCUGUGGUCUCAGAUCAUCCUUGCGAGCCGGACUUUUGCGCGCACAACGUGGUUCCAUGUCCCUGACAUUCCAGUCAGCGCAACCGUCACCGCGGAGCAGUCGAAGGCGCGCAGCAUGAUCGAGAAGAAGACGGCCGUCAACCUGCUUGAAGCCUUCGGCGUCGCUGUGAAACACUAUCUGCGCGGCGAGGACGGGAUCUACUAUCAGGACCUGUACUACCUCGUCAAGUUCUUGCCCGCCUACGCGCUUCCUCCUGGUAUCCCCGCGAACGCCGACCUGUCUAAUUCUGACGUUCGGGACUCGCUGUCGUACCACGGUGCGGGCGGCGGCCUGUCGCCUACUUCAGCUCGGCAUCCGUCCGACGCCUCGUCGAGACGUCGCCCAUCCACGGCGAAGGAAGGCAACCCCGGGUCAUUCUUGUACCAGCGCUCGGCGCCCAGCACGUCGGCUCCGCAUCUUCCGAUGCCUGCCACUACGCCAGGCCACGUCAAGAUCGAAGCCGAUGGAGCUCACCGCCCGCCACCUCUGACCAUCUCUCCGCCCACGGCGCUGAACUCGCCGGUGGACAACAAAAACAGCAUGGAACUGCCCAGUGCCCAGUCGAUCCGCUCUCCGAGGCCCAACGAGUCGCAAAAGGUUGUCCUUGCGCGCCAGGAUGAAGGGUUACUGCUCCCCGGCAAACUGCCUCCGAGAUACCAUCUCUUCGAUAUCUUCCCCUUCUCGUUGCUCGUGCGAAGGCUGACCAAUCGCGGACACGAAGUGAAGGGGAAGAAGGCAGCGCGUCUCCGGGCCAAAAUGCUGCGGGAAAAGGAUGGAGAAGGCUCUGGCACCCACAACUUGCCACUAGAGAUCACACUUUAUCUCAGCUCUUACAUCGCUGCUUUGCAAAACCGGAAACAGACUGAUGUGCCGACCACUAACACUUUGCUCGCGGCCCUCAACCAGCUGGUCGAUGCGCUGACUGGGCUGGAACGUAUCUUGACCACUCCCAUUCCUUUCUCGUACUCUUUCCACCUGUGGGCCGUUGCGACUAUCUAUAUUCUUGCCAUUCCUAGCCAGAUCGUCUCUGCUUUCGGAUGGGUUACGAUCCCUGCCACUGUCAUCUUGUCCUUCAUUUUCUUUGGCUUUAUCGUUGCCGGAGAAGAAAUCGAAAACCCUUUCGGAUAUGACAAGAACGAUCUCAACCUGGACCACUUCACCAACAGCGUUAUUCGUUACGAGCUGCGGGCCAUCACUAGCGCACCCCCGCCGGACCCGUCCCGAUGGGCCUUCUCUGCAGAAAACGACAUGCUCUUUGUGUCUGACGUCGAGAAAGAUGAGCGUGUUACCCCUGAGGAGUGGGUCCGUCGUGGCAACCAUGAUAUCCUCGUCGCACUCGAUGGACCGGGGCGCUCAUAGAUUUACGCUGCACUACUUGCAUUUCGUUUACUGGGAAGGUGGAUUUACUCGGACGCUAGUUUUUGCUUUGCUUUUAGCUAUGUAGCCAGUCUGAGUCGUUUCAAUCUGGAGGGCAGUUAGAGUCACAGUCACGGGACAGGAUCACAACUGCACUUGAGCGCGUCUGCCACCUCGAUCCCUCGUUGUCGUCCCACCUUCGCGUUUUUCACUCCGAAACAUGUCUAUCGUAACCAUACGAGUCUGUUUUCUUCUGCGAGGCCUUUCUCCACUCAUUUACACGUCGUUAGAACGUUGAUUUCAUCAACAACCCCGCAAAAUUUUCGGACUCGUACAGAUUUCGUGUUACAUUCGAGUGUAUCGCCCCGCUGGAGGAUGACUUGGAGUGGAAGCUCAUCUACGUCUCUUCGCCGGGGAACGAAGAACUCGACCAGGAGCUGGACGACUGUCUCGUCGGUCCUGUCCCAGUCGGCGUCAAUUCGUUUGAAUUCGAAGGCACGCCGCCCGAUCCAUCGAAGAUCCCCAAAGAAGACGUGCUGGGUGUCGCCGCGCUCAUCCUCACGGGAUCGUACAGAGACCAGGAGUUCGUGCGGGUUGGGUACUACCAGAACACGGAGUACGACAACGAGGAGAUGAAGGAGACUCCCCCUCAGAAUAUUCUGUUCAACCGGCUUCUAAGGGAUAUCAGUACGAAGCCGCGGGUGACGAGGUUCCAAAUUAAAUGGGAUGUCUCCGCAACGGCACAGACUAUGACUACCGCUGGGGCCGCUACCUCUGCGGUUGUACCUUCUGCGAACGAUCUAGAGGGGGAUGUGGAUAUGCCCACAGCCAAGUGACGACAACCUGUAUCCGCUUUGUGUAUUUCUAGUUGGCUCACUAUCUAUGGGGUGCUUCCAUUUCUGCAAACACGUCUGAUUAUCGGGAAUCGAACUGGAUUGAGCAUAUGCGACCAGGUCUCUACAUGACACCCAAACCAGCCUUAAGCUCGCUGGCAAGAUCAUCCAUGCCCUCGAGACCAGCUGGGGGCUUCCAAUCCUUGCCCUCGGCCAAGCAUCUCGAACAUUGGCACACGAAACCCCACGCCUCGAGCGCACUGCGUCGUUCUGCGUAGCUUCCAGCCGGAUUGACGUAGGUGAUGAACAAUUCUUGGCCGGGUUCGAUGUCUGUUGAGGCCCUGACUGUGAUGCGGGACAGUGCUUUCCGCUGGUCCAGAUGUCGCACAGAGACAUUCGGUGAACAUGAGUGAUUCAUGUGAGCGUGCAGGGUGUACAGGCCACCGUGCGCUUCCAAGUCUGCAGACAAGUUCAUCCGAGGAAAUUAACCCCUGCAGAAAACACUCACUCAAACUCAUGCUGCCCAGCCGAUGCAAAAAUCCCGCCUCGUACUCGAAGAAGGCGGUCUCGAUCUCCGCAGGCAGAGUCUUCCUCAGUAUCCCCGCUAUCCUGCGCUCCUCGUCAGAGGACGUCUUCUUCGGCUGCUCCUUCCUCGGGCGGUGGAACGCAUCACAGAACAGCGAAAACGACUGUCUCCAUGUCUUCCGAUCCGGCUCGGACCUAAAGCUGUACUUGGCGCGGUCCUCCAUCCCGAGCGACGCCAGCGCGCGCACGACGUUCCAGUCGUCCGCCUGAGCCUGCGCGGUGGGCGCCAGCGCCAGGCGCGCCGCGCACUGCGUCAGCGCGUGCAGGGCCAUCCACUCGUGCUGCCGGAUCCACCGCAGGAGUGGCAUGCACGCGGGGUUUUGCGUCGGGCAGAGCACGGGGUGCGUCCUGUCCGAUCGCUUGCGACACAGCGCGUUGCAGAACACGGCGGGGCAGUACUGGCAUCGGGCGCGUAUCUCUGACGGGUGGGCGAAAAGGGUGGUGCAUUGGCUGCACGCCUGGCCCGCGCGCUGUUUGUCGUAGAUCUCCCUGGUUUCGAUCCGGAUAAGGGCAAGGCAGCGCGGGAUAAGCGGGCAUCACACACCAUUCUGGAGCGAGGAUAAAUGGGUCCUCGACCCAGAUCGUAUCCCCGGCUGUGAUUUUUUGUUUCGCGACCAGCCCUUUGCCUUUGCGUUUGUCGAAGAAUCGCACAUCGACGCUCUUAGUCCAUUGUUCUAUAUUCAGACCUUCGACAAGCCCGGAGGCCGGGUGUGGGGAUGCCACGGUGCUGUCUUGCGGGGGCGCGAUGGCGGCUAGAAUCUUCCGCAUGCGCUUUUCGCUGACCGUCCAUUCGGGAUAGUCGGAUUUUAGGCGCGCGUGCAAUUUGGGAAUGCCAAGAGUGGGGUUCGCAGCUUUCAGCUCCGAGAGCGCCAGUUGUAGAUCUUCAUCGCUUGGAGAGGACAUCGGGCGCAGACCGUACACAGAUAUGGAGCAUGCAGAAAGUUGUCGAUCCCUUGAUCUUCCUUCAUCGAUAUCUAAGCGACACAAGUCACAUGAACACGGAAC